AUGGCGAAUCUUUACCAGCAAUUUCAAUUACAGCGAUGCGGACAUGCUAGUCGUGGAUGUACUAGCAUAGUAAGACAUGAAGCUUUGUUGUCGCAUCUUAUGGAGUGCGGCUUCGCUCCUGUUCAAUGCUCGCACGAAGGAUGUGGAAAAACUGUCAACAGGCAAGAUCUCGUCAGCCAUCAGCAAAACUGUGAAUUUCGAUCGGUAACUUGCGAAGAUUGUCACGAAACGAUGAGGCAAGGAGACUAUCGAAAACACAGUUGUGUCUUGUUAAGGGAAUUGGCUGACGUUCGGGGUUUAUUGCGAGAAAUUCAAGGCGGACAGGUGAGCACUAGUGCAUGCCAGAUGUGGCAUGCUGGGAUUUACUUAUCAGACUAAUUUCCCUGUAGUGUAUGCUUUAAAAUUCAUGUUAGUUGAACAUGCGGGCUAUGUACCCACACAUUAUAAUUAAGGCAUGCAGGUAAUGUCGUACAUUUUCCGGGUAUAAUACACCCUUUCGAUAAUUACGUCAUUUGGCUUGGGAGCCUCACUCUCAUGAAUCGUGAACCAAUCGCCUUGCGUCUUUUACUAAUGGAAGCGAGGCUCCCAGGCCAAAACAGCAUUCGUGACGUAAUUAUCGAAAGUGUGUAUUAAAGUGACAUACAGCCUCUACAGUGGAGAGUGGGGAAGGGAUUUUUCUUGGCUUCCUCCGCAGGGCAGAGUUGCGUAAUGCGUUAUAAAGAGCAAGAAGGGUAACAGGGGAUUGUAAGGGAUAAUUAACUCUACAAGUAUUGUGGGAUUUCUUCCAAAUGCGUAAUAUAUUCUACCGUUUUUGCCGAAGUGAAGGCUAAGAUUUACUUCAGUAGUUUAGCUAACUACCUGUACAGGAAAACGCGUGUAAAUAGUGUUUAGAUCUUUUGACUUGCCCCCUAAAGCAAAAACUAGCAUUCAGCCCAUAGUUUUUGAGUACUUGUAUCUAGUUUUUGAGCACUUGUUAUCACGAGCCUGGAGUGAAUUGGGCAGCCGCGCUGACAUUAUUCCAUUAAAAUAAAUAUUUUUAUGGUUGUGUUGAACAGCUUCGAGCAGGAAUCCAACCCUAUGCAACACAAGGACAACAAAGCGUCAACUUACGACAGCAAACAAGCGAAACAAUACAGCCGAUUGCAGCGCAAGGAAGGGAGUUGAUACAAGUCGAAGCAACACAAAUGCAACAAAUUGUUACACGACGGUUAACAAGCGAAUUGAUGAGACAACCCAACGCAACACCAACUGGUCCAUACAUUUCCCCAGGUAUCUUCCGAGCAGCUUGUUCGAUCUCUAGUCCAAUCCAAAGCCAGCCUACUAUCGAUAAACAGAUUCUUGUAGCUGGAGGAGGCCACAAGUCGUACGAAAUCUUCAACUGGUCCACUCAGAAAUGGACUUUGUAUGAGGACACUUUGUUUUUUGACCAUAAUAAUGCAUUUUCGUUCCUUUAUGAUAACAAGAUUAUGAUUUGUGGUGGAACACACACCAACAGAGUGGAAUGUUUGCAUAUCACCAAUAAUAGAUCUCUCAGUACAUUUCCUGCACAAUUACCUGGUACAGAUUGUGGAAAAGGAGUUCUUUGCGGCGAUAAAAUACUGACUUUCGGUCAGUCUGUGUCGGCAACAUCCCUUAAACCUCCAUUUAAAACCACAGUUCUUGCUUCUUAUAAUGAAGGGGGGAAAAUGGCGUGUGGAAAUGGAGUUGCUCGUGUCAACGAAAACACCGUGGUCCUUGUUGGUGGUUACUACCAACGCUCUCGCGGAUACUCGGUGGAAUUAAAAGACGAUGUCUUACUCUAUAACAUGACAACCAAACAAAUAGAAGAGCUAGCACCAUUGCCCUACCAAUUGUCUGAUAUGGCUGUAGUCGUGCGUAAUGACAAUAUCAUUAUACUGGGCGGUAAGAAGAACCAAUAUGACGUGUGUAACGAUGUUUUGAUGUACAACAUCAUUAGUCAACAAUGUUCGAGGUUGCCGAGCAUGUUGGAAAAGAGGUAAGACACUUCUGUUUGAUUUGAUAUCAUCUUCAUGUAAUAUUUUAAGCAUAUUAUACAAAAUUCGAGACCGUACUCAAAUUAGCCAGGAUUAUGCCUUUCUAGUUCGAAACAAUUGUACGAAUUCCGAUGUGAACAAGUGGCAACUGACGAAUUUGCAUACGGUUGCAAUUAAAUAUUUUCAAAGUCAGACGAUUUUUCUUGUCAGUGACGGAAAUCUCUGGUUAAAAGAAGGUAUAUAAUUUAUGUUUUUAGAUUAAGAUGUGCAGCAGUAAUUAUGGGAGAUACGAUCAUCGUUAUGGGAGGAAAUUCUGUAGAUGGAAUUACAGCAAUGAUGGCAUUACCUGAGCGCCCUGCGAUUCCUAUAACAGUAGAAUACUUGGUACUGGGUGAAGACACAUGGAAAAAUCUUCCAUCAAUGCACCAUAAAAGGGUUUGCCCAACCCCAUGUCUUCUGCCAUGAAAAUCAUACAGUAUGUACAUGAACAUGCAGGGAUGUGUUUGUAUAAAGACCCUCCCACUGACAAGCUAAGCGAUAUAGUCCCCUUAAAAUUAAUUGUUGCAGUAAUUGGUUUCGAGUCAGUUAAAACUUGUUUACAUUUAGUUAGGACGGACCUAUUACUUGAACUUGAAGUAGGUUACCGAACAUAUAAUUAUAUCGUAAGAAUUCGAAUACUAUUAUUAAUUAUGACAUAUUGCAUAUAUAAUGUUGUCUUAAGCACCAAUGGGGCUGGUACUUUUGUCUCCGCUGGGAAGAGCACGUAUAAUCAAAUCCAUAUUUAAUCUAUGCACGAAGGCACAUAAUGAAGUUUAUAUAUUCACGACUUAUUAAUUUAAUUUUUGGUGUUAUGACAAUGUCACAGUGUUUCAAAUCUAUGUCAGAGCCAUCAUCAGGAAAAUAUGAUUCAUAUGCUCACAUUAUUGGGCAAUACAGAUUAUUCUUCAUGCAUGAUCAGAAAUCGCUGUCUAGAGUUUAGGCCUACUGUAUAUUUAAGACAAAUUGGGUUGUCUGAACCGCACAUGCGUAGUUCGUAUAUGCAUGGUCUGAAUAUUAAUGAGACGAGCUACUAAAUUAUUUUUAAAUAAUAUAGUCGGCAAAUUGCUUAAUUUAUUGGUAGAAUAGACAAGCUAAAGUCCUUAUAACAAUAUUACGAGAUUUGAGAUUACAAUAUUAUGAGUUCCAAAAACUACAAGACAUACAUACCGAAACCUGUUACUGGUUUUCCUUCAGCUUUUCCCCCCUCCUUGGUACUACUUUAAAUUUACAUGAAUUUACAUUUUUAUAUACGCUGAGUACGAAUUCGCUUCUUUCAUUGGCACAAAUCUGCAGUUUCUAUAUUUUAUGAUCAAACAUUAAAAUUUUUUAUUAAAAUUUCCGCCAUUUUUCUCUGGAAACUUCAUGUUUAUUAUACAGUUAAUAAUAAUAAUAGCAUGGAUGCUAAUAUCAGGAUUUUUGACACCUCGUUCCAUAGAAUAAAAUUGUAUGCUUGAAAUUUCUAUCUGCUAUAUAAAAAGUAAUAAUUACCCUUCCGAUACUUUACCAGAUAUUUCGGCGUGUCAAGUAGCUCCCAAGUAUAUAUAGUUAUUAUACCAAGCAGUAAAUAAUUCAGUGGGCCUAUAAUACUGUUUUCGAAUCAACUUGACGAGUUCACUUGCAUAUAUUAACCUUAGAGGUAGGCCCCCCCCCCCCCAACAAUAUAGUUCACUCCCAGACCCUGGACGGCAGUAUACAUACAUAUAUUUUUGUCGAGCAUUUUUUUGUAACUGUAUUUAUAUAACAUGCUAUGUUAUGCUCAAUGACCAAUAAAACAACAAAAAUAAAGAAUUAGUUAUAGUAUUACAGCUCCUGCGGUAGUUGUAAACAAAACAGUAUAUACACACCUUUGAUAAUUUUAUUCAUUAGUAAUUGUUUUAAAGAAUAUCUCUGUACACUGUUAUUAAAUAAAAACAAACUUUGUGGCUUUCUUUUUGUUUGACGGAGCUGCAUCUUCGCGUAGUCAAUUGCUCGCCUGUAACCGUAAAGCCAUUUUGUUUUGGUCCGGAAGUGAAUAGUGCAAGGUAUGCGGAGCUGAGCAACCAAUCAAAUUGCGCGAAAAGCACUAUCCACCUCUCGAGUUUAUGUUAAUAUUGAUUUUUUCAAAGAAUACGUGGUACUGUCACCAUUUAUUUACCUGUAAGAGUUCUUUGUUGUUUGUUCAGACAUGUUGCUGUAUCGCAAUGGCGAGUGCAUCUUCGACUCAAAAUGACAGUAAUACCGCAUAUUUCGAUCACUUUACGUGCAAUUUAUGUUUCGAAGUGCUACAAGAACCCGUUCAGUGUGUCAGGAACGAACACUAUUUUUGUAAGAAGUGUAUAACCAAGCAUUUAACGCGAUCACAAACCUGUCCUGUUUGCCAAAAUGCACUUACUCCUGAAACACUCCGUCCUAUCUCGAGAAUUGUGGCGAACUUACUCCAGCAGUUUCACUCUCCGAGAUGCAGAUACGCCAGUCGUGGGUGUACGAGUGCAGUAAGACAUGAAGCUUUGUUGUCGCAUCAUGAAGAGUGCGGCUUUGCUCCUGUCCAAUGUUCGCACGAAGGAUGUCAAGCCACGGUAGACAGACAAGAUCUGGUCAGCCAUCAGCAAAGCUGCGAAUUUCGAUCGAUAACUUGCGAAGAUUGCCACAAAUCGAUGAGGCAACAAGAAUAUGAAAAACAUGGAUGUGUCUUGCGAAAAGAAUUGAAUGAGAACAAACGUGGUUUGGUUGAGAUGCAAAAGAUUUUGCGAGAAAUACAAGACGAACAGCGCCAGCAAGGCGUAGAAAUGCGGCAAAUGGCGAAGGACUUACGACAACCUCGUGCAACCCAAGGACAACAAAGCGGCAACUUAGAACAACAAGCAAGCGAAUUAAAACAACCGAGUGGAACGCAAAGACAACAAAGCGGUAACUUAGGACAGCACGCGAGCGAAACGAUAUUACCGAAUUCAUCGCAAAGCGACAACACGUGGCAGCAAGAAAGAGAACUAGGACAACCGAGCGCAACGCAACCACAACAGGCAAACAAUUGCGUGCCAACUCAAAGCCAAGCUCCAAGCGACAGACAGAUUUUUGUUUCUUGUGGCAGAAGUUCACACGAGAUCUUCAACUGGUCCACCCAGCAAUGGUCCUUGCAUAAUCACCCUUUGUUCUUCGACCAUAUCGACGGAUUUUUGUUCGUUUAUGAUAACAAGAUGAUGAUUUGUGGCGGAACGGACACGAACAGAGUGGAAUGUCUGGAUAUUACCAACAACAGACCGGCAAGUACCUUCCCCGCGCAAUUACCUGCUAUACAAUGCGGUAAAGGAGUUCUUUGCGGUGACAAAAUACUGACCUUCGGCGAAUCUGUAUCGGGAACUAGCCUUAAACCAGAAUUUGAAACCACAGUUCUUGUUCCUUAUGAGGACGGAAGAAAAUUGUCGUCCUAUGGAGUUGCUUGUGUCAACGAAAACGCUGUGGUAAUCGUAGGCGGUUACUACGAAUACCCUAAGAGCCCUAACAGGCCUUACCCCUACGGCUACCGGGUACUGAAAGAAGAUGUUCUACUGUAUAACCCGACAACGAAUGUAUUGAAGAAGCUAGCACCAUUGCCCUACCAAUUGUCUGAUAUGGCUGUAGUCGUGCAAGAUGACAAUAUCAUUAUAUUGGGUGGUCAUCAACAGUUUUCGCCAUGUAACGAUGUUUUGAAGUACAACAUCACUAAUCAACAAUGUUCGAGGUUGCCAAGCAUGUUAGAAAAGAGGUAAGACACUUUGUUUGAUUUGAUAUCAUCUUCAUUUGCCGAGGAUAGACAUAAUAACUAUUAUAUAUAUCUUAAUUGUCACCUUAAUACUAAAUACCUUAUACUUGUGUUUAAAUUGGUACUAUAUUGGAAUCGGCCUGAAUUUGGAUCCAAAUUAUUGUAACAGAAUCCAACCUUUCUACCACAUAGACCGACCAAUAGGAGCGGACAAAUCCGAAACCGUACCCAAAUAUUUGUAGGAUUUUUCCUUUUGAGUUCACAACCAAGGUGACACAGUCUGACCAAUAAAAUAUUUAAUUUUGGUAAAAUGUUGCCAUGUUUGGAAAAAAAUAGUAAUGAUUUUUUAGUAAAAUAUUGGUAAAUUUUUAGAGAUUUUAAUGAUUUAAUAAACGUUUGGUGAAAAUUUGUGCUUGGAUUGCAAAGCCUGGGUUUUCUUGUCAAUAGAAACCCCCCGGUUAAAAAGGCAUAAAUGAUAUUUUUAGACCAAGAUGUGCCGCAGUAAUUAUGGGAGAUACUAUCAUUGCUAUUGGAGGAAGUACAAAAGAUCGACGUUCAAAUGAUGUGGCGAUCAAGACAGCAGAAUGCUUGGUACUGGGUGAAGACACAUGGAAAGAGCUCCCACAAAUGCAUUUUGGAAGAUAUGGCGCAACGGCGUGUCUUCUGCUCUGAAAUUAAUGCCUAAAUAGGGAUGUGUUCAUCUUCAUGCAUGAGGACCUUAAUCUUACUGACAAGCUAACCCAUGUGGUCCCUUAAAAUAAUAAUUAAUUUUGCAGUAAUUGACUUAAUUCAGUAAAAACGUGCUUACAUUUACUUAAGAUUGGCUUAUAGGACCAGGCAUAUGGCCAAAAAUGAUAAUCUUAGGUCUGUUUCCCGUCAAUCUUAAUAGCUUGGAAACUACAUACAUCAUCUCGUUCCCAAGUUAUCGGGAAUUAUUUGUAUUUUGUAUCAUGACGUCAGUAUAGUUGUGUUUAAAAUGGUAACAAAAAGAAGAAAGUAUAAUAUCUCAGAAGCGAUUCAACGAAAUUAAGUGAAAUUUGAUACAGUUAGUAAGGGCAAACAUUUGGAACGUUAUUGUGAUUGUCAUAGCAACACACUAGUUAUCAGGUCUUCUUUAUGAAAGUAUGUUAGGUAAAAAACUCUUGUAUGCAUGGUAGAUAGAUAGCAUUUUAUUUCGACAAGGUAACCAUUUCAGUAUAACAACAUGCUGGUAUCAAUGAAGGCUCUGCACAAAUAAUGAGUUACAUUUUUAAUGUAUAACAUAUAUCCAUCGAGUACAGUUUACGAUAUAUAUAGUUCAUAGUUUAAAAUUUAGUAUAAUGUCUUCCAUACUGCCCGACAGAAAUAUUUGAAUGAGUGUAUAGCUUUGACUUCUUGUGGCAGUCUAUUAUACUCCCAUGCACCUGUAAACAAAAACGAGCUUUUUGCUAUCCCUAGUCGAAUCCUAGGUAGAUAAAUGUCCAUAUAAUUUCUGGUUGUAUGUCGGCUACGCAACUGAUUUGUCUGGAAGUAAUUUAGCAUAUAUGGUGGAACAAUGCCGAACAGACAUUUCUUUACAAAUAUAACUGUAUAAGCUCUCCGUCUGUAAUUGAGAGCAAUUAGUUUUAAUAAUAACUUGAAUGUUUGUUUCAAUGCCUGACUUUUGAUGAAUUAAUUUCGCUGCCCGUCGCUGAAGUUUUUCUAACGAAUCAAUAUCAUUCUCUGCCCGCAUCCUUGCCAAACUACAUCACAAUACAAGCGCUGGAAUCAUAGCAUUGAAGAUCAUUUCUGCCGCUAAGAGUAUUUCAAAGGGCCGUGCUUUAGUCAAUUUACACGCAAUAAAAAUCUAAAAUUAUAGAAACUAUAGUAUCAAAAAUCAUGCAACAUAAUUUUAUAACAAGAUAUUUACAAAUAUAUGGUAACAGCCAAUAUUCAAUAACGCGUUUCCAUUACAUAUAGAUUUUGCACAGUUGUUUUCACCUUCAUGACACAAAAACAACUAUGCACUGCGCUUAACCUACCUAAACCGAA